AUGACAACAUCAAGCAGUGACAACUCAUCAAGCGAGUCAUACCCCAAGUACAAUUGGAUCGACGGGGCCGAGUCUCUCGAGAAAUAUAGACCCGGAGGCUACCACCCUGUCAUGGUAGGGGAUCUACUACAUGACCGAUAUCGCAUCAUCGACAAGCUCGGAUACGGAGGAUACUCGACCGUAUGGCUCGCCCGCGACACCCACAUGGAACGCUACGUCGCCGUCAAAGUAGGCAUAGCAAAUUCCCUUCCGCAUGAAAUUAAGAUUCUGCGGGCUCUUUCGGCGCCCGCUUCAGUGCCAUCGUCUGUUCGCGCGGGCCUCGACUCCAUACCGGUACCGUUAGAUGAAUUCGAGGUGACUGGUCCCAACGGGACGCAUCCAUGCCAUACGACGACACCUGCACGAUGCAACCUCAGAGAAGUCUCUUUCAGCCGUCUUUUCCCACUUGACGUUGCGCGUGCGUUAUCAGGGGGCCUUGUACUAGCUGUCGCUUAUAUGCACUCGCAAGGCUAUGUUCACGGAGAUAUCCAUCUUCGCAACAUCUUAGUAAAGCUACCAGCAAGCUUCGACGGUCUCUCUACUGAGGAAUUCUACGAGCAAUAUGGGAACCCUGAGACGGUGCCAAUCACACAGCGUGACGGAGGCUCACUUCCACCACAUGUUCCACCGAAAGCAGUGCUACCUCUUUACCUCGGAAAAAAAGCCGAGGAAUUCACAUUGCAGGACGCCCAGGUUCUUUUGAGUGAUUUCGGAGAGGCGUUCUCCCCAGUCUCAUCCCCUCGCUCUGGAGAGUAUUGCCACACCCCUGUGCCUUACUGCCCACCCGAGGCUCUGUUUGAGCCCCAGCGCUUCUUUCGUACCCUGCGGACGUUUGGAGCUUAG